GGUGAAUUGGUGAUUGUUGUCAUAGAGUGUGGGAGGUUAAACUGCGAAUAAAACAUAAGUUGUACGCACACAUUGGCUUGUGUUUUGGAAUCGGGUUGCCCCAUCGCCGCCGUACAUUUGUUUAAGGCAUCUCCCACACGAGAGACGACAGAAGCUUUUAUUCGCAGUCAGGCGACUGGCGACAUUGUUUGGAACAACACCCUACUGAAAGGAUCGAUCUAGCCUGGACGGCAUGAUGCAGCAUUCGCCCAGAAGGAGUCCCCGAUUAAACGAAGGACAGGAUGGACGUCCCGUAACGCAAGUAGAUGGCAGCGUUUUGGCCCCGCAAGCGUCGCAAGCCGGCGGCCGAGGCAGUGAAGCCCCGGCGUCAUCAGCGCAGCUGGCAGCAUCUGGAGCCACCAGGAAACCGAAGGUGGCCGACCUCAUGGAUAGGAUCGCCGAGUUGGAGAAGGAGUUGGAACGCGCUCGCAGCGCUAAUAUGGAACGCACUGACCCCGGUAUGUCGAGUGAGGUUGGGGUAGGUCAGCCGCCAUUUGCAAUCGGCCUGACCGUACCCAACGCAACAAGUGUUUAUCCGCCAUCCUGGAGCGGACCUCAAACGGUACCGUGUUCGCAGAACUGUACCACGAGGAUAAAUCACGCAUCGCCAUUUUGCGCUACCGGCACUACUGUUCCAGCGCAUGGUUUCGGGCUGCAAAAUGAAGUGGCCGGCGGAACGUCGGUACGUGCACCUUCCCCUGGAGACGGUGCUUGGGCGACGAGCAUUGGAGGAACUGCACGCUGGGCGCCACGAAAGCUUCCUGAACUGCCUACGUUCGGAGGGAAGCCAGAGGACUGGCCCAUUUUCUACUGCGCGUUUACGGAGACGACGCAAGCGUAUGGUUGUACGGACUUGGAGAACAACCAAAGGCUACUGAAGGCGCUAAAGACGACGCGCCUGCGAUUCAGAUACGGCCGACCGGAGCAACUAAUACGCAGCCAGCUCAACAGCAUUCGAGAUGUGCCUGCAAUUACGGAGCACAACCUGGGAAAGCUCGUCGCAUUCGCCACCCAUGUCAGCAACCUCAAGGCUUUCCUACAAUCAGCGAAGGCGGAGCAGCACCUGGGUAACCCUAUGCUGAUGGAAGAGCUUGUGGCCAAGCUCCCAAUAAGCAAACGAGUGGACUGGGCAAGGCACGCUGCAACCAUUCAGCCCUAUCCGACGAUUGUGGACUUCAGUUCGUGGUUGAUGGAACUAGCCAACGUGGUCUGCUUGGUGGCGGACAUUGAUGGAAGGGAGCCAAGGCGUCGAUUGCUUCAUGCCAGCGUCGACCAAGAGCAGGACGAGCAACAGGAGAGCUGCCGCAGGAAUUGUUUAAUUUGUUAA